AUGGCUCAGAAAAGAAAAGAGCGUCUCAGGGAGCUCUCCCGACUUUCGGAGACUGGAGGCCAGUUUCACAAUCUAGAUAUACGGGCGAUUUCAGAUGUGCAUCUAAAUAGCUCGCCCGGUUGGCUAACUUUAGAUUACUUGCGGCAACUUCGGCGGCCCCCGGCGGGGCGGGCUCGCUCCGUGGAAAAAUUCUGGCGCGCGACACCCGUUCGGCUGCAGUCGGGUUUACGGCCCAAGUUUGCACCCGGCGAAUUACUCGGCGGACGGCUGAAGGGAAAUAAGCCGAACAAUAGAUCACAGCUGAGCGCAGCCGGAUUGGAGUCCCGGCCCGGGAUACCUCAGGUGUAUCUCCCGUCGCAUAAAUACGCCGACCCGCCCUUUUUAAUAUACCCUAGAUUUGCAAUAACACCUCCGACGCACGGGGAGCCCGAAACGAAUGAAAUAAGGGAUAUCUCCGCAAUA